CUUCGGCAGCGCAGUACGAGAUCGAAUUCUGAUGCGCAAAGAUUGUCGAGAACAACGCAAAACAAAACGUCGAUAAAUGAACCCUCGAGUGCAGUAAAAUUCGUCCCGAAACUCAGAAAGAGAGAAUUUUAUCUUUAGUAACUGUCUGUUUGAAAUUGCAUUUGAAAAUUGUCCCGUGUCAUAGAGGUGAAAAUGCUAGCAGCUUCUCGUGCAGUGAUAACCAAUCUUCGGAUUGCGCAACCGAGGGUAGCUACGAUCCGGUCGAGGAAACAUUUCGGUGGAUCGUUCUGCAGCCGUCGUUGGUUCUCGAGAAAGGAACCGGUUUCCGCUAAAGUAGCUUCACCAGUAUGCCCACCUCCUCCACCGCCUGGUCAAAAAUCCAAUGCUCCAUACAUUUUUGGAGCGAUCGCUUUGACUGCUGGCGGUUUGGGACUGGCCUAUAAAUUAGGUCUGUUCGAUGGCAAGGAACUCCUAGUGGAAACGGCAGUACCAGCUCAACCAAAGAAGAAAGCAAAGUUACCAUUCCCAGCUUCCUCGAAAGACCUCCCGAAAGAGGUCCCAUAUUUGCUGAUCGGCGGUGGAACAGCAGGUUUUGCCGCAUUCCGCGCCAUCAAAGGCCAUGACGCAAAGGCGAAGGUCUUGGUCAUUACCAACGAAACAGAAAUGCCCUACAUGCGACCACCCUUGUCGAAAGAGCUUUGGUUCAAUCCGGAGGAUAAGGCUCAAAUGGAACCGCUAAAAUUUCGACAAUGGAAUGGAGUGGAGCGUAGCAUCUACUACGAGCCGGAUGACUUUUACAUUGACCCGACAAAGCUGUUGGAUUCGCCAAAUGGUGGAGUUGCCAUAGCUAGGGGCUAUGAGGUGCAACGGAUAGACGUGGUGAAUAGGAAAGCGAUCCUUACGGAUGGCACCGAAAUUAAGUAUGGAGAAUGCCUACUGGCCACAGGAGCUAGGCCGAAGAACUUGUCAAUUUUUGAAGCCGCUCCGUUGGCGGUGAAGGAACGCAUUACGAUGUUCAAAGCGGUAAGUGACUUCGAAGAGCUUGGAGAGAAACUGAGCGAAGGAAGUAAAGUGGCCAUCAUUGGGGGUGGAUUCUUGGGAAGUGAACUAUCCUGUGCGUUGGCGAAAUGCAGUGAGAUUCGCGAUAAGAAGCUGGAGGUGUACCAGCUGUUCCACGAAGAAGGUAACAUGGGCAAAAUCCUGCCGGAAUACUUAAGCCAGUGGACAACGGACCGUGUUAGAGAGGAAGGGGUUAAGGUUUGGCCAAAAACCCAGAUCAAAUCAGCGGAGGUACAGGACAGGAAACUUAAGCUAACGCUGACUGACGACAGCUGCCUGGUGGUGGAUCAUGCGAUAGUAGCUGUGGGCUCGGAACCGAAUACGGAUUUGGCCAAGACGUCCGAUUUGGAGACGGAUCCCUCGCUGGGUGGGUUCGUAGUGGAUGCUGAACUUAGGGCACGGUCGCAUUUGUACGUGGCUGGGGACGCCGCUUGCUUUUACGAUCCCAAAUUGGGAAGGCGACGAGUGGAACAUCACGAUCAUGCCGUGGUUUCCGGACGCCUUGCUGGGGAAAACAUGGCUGGAAUGAAUAAGCCAUACACGCAUCAGAGUAUGUUCUGGUCGGAUCUGGGACCAAAGAUAGGAUAUGAAGCGAUCGGAAUCAUCGAUUCCACCUUGCCGACGGUAGCCGUGUUCGCUAAGGUCAGCCCAGUACAAACCAUUCCGGAUACAGGUGAAAAACUGCAAGCCGCUAAUGCUGCCGUGAAGCCAGCUUCCUCCGGAGAGUCAACUACGUCGGUACUGGACCGGACGAGCAUAACAAAGAAAGCGGAGCAAAAACCGACGGACGAGGAAAAGGACGACUUCAACAAGGGUGUCAUAUUCUAUCUGAAGGAUGAAAAGGUAGUUGGUGUCCUGCUGUGGAACGUGUUCAAUCGGAUCGGAACAGCGAGACGGAUCGUGGCUCAACACACACGAUAUGACGAUUUGAACGAAGUGGCAAAACUGUUCAACUUACACGAACGACCGGAAGAACCGGAAGAGGAAACGGAAGCAGCACAGUGAAUAGAGGGUUGAUUUCACGAGGAUGCUAAAUUUCCAGUUAUAAAAAUCUUCUGUGAAACGUUUUCGUUUUUGCAUUUUUUUUUCUCUUUUGUAUAGAAUGUUCGUACAUUGUGACGGUUGAAUAAAUUAUCAGUACAGUA